GCGUCGCCCUCGCAGAUGCUUGGGGAUGGCUGCUGCGAUCUGGGUAUGGGCACGGGGGAGGAGGAAGGGGGCUCAGGACUGCCCUACCCCUGCCAGUUCUGUGAUAAGUCCUUCAGUCGCCUCAGCUACCUGAAGAGGCACGAGCAGAUCCACAGUGACAAGCUGCCCUUCAAGUGCACCUUCUGCAGUCGCCUCUUUAAGCAUAAACGCAGCCGAGACCGGCAUGUCAAACUGCACACCGGUGACAAGAAAUACAGCUGCCAGGAGUGUGAGGCCGCCUUCUCCCGCAGUGACCAUCUCAAGAUUCAUCUGAAGACGCACAGCUCCAGCAAGCCCUUCAAAUGCAGUGUGUGCAAGAGAGGUUUCUCGUCCACUUCUUCACUCCAAAGCCACAUGCAGGCCCACAGGAAGAAUAAGGAGCACUUGGCUCGCGCUGAAAAGGAUCAGGGCAAAAACGCAGGGUCCGUGGACGGAGGGGAGCAGGACCAGGACCUGUACAUGUGUGAUUACUGUGAGGAGACGUUCAGUCAGACAGAUGAGUUGGAGAAGCACGUGCUGACGCACCAUCCGCAACUCUCAGACCGUGCUGAUCUGCAGUGCAUACACUGCCCUGAGAUCUUCAGUGAUGAGGGAACCCUCCUUGCCCAUAUUGACCGGGCUCACGCUAACAGAAAACACAAAUGUCCCAUGUGUGCUGAGCAGUUCCCUUCCGUGGAGGAUGUUUACUGCCACCUUGAUAGCCAUCGGCAACCUGACUCCAGCAACCACAGUGCCAGCCCUGAUCCUGUGCUGGGCAGUGUGGCAUCCAUGAGCAGUGCCACCCCAGACUCCAGUGCCUCCCUGGAGAGAGGAUCCACCCCUGACUCUACCCUCAAACCUACACAGAGCAGACGCAAACUCGCCCCCUCCUCUGAUCAUGAUGAUGGAGGCUGGUCAAGCAAGGUAACUUACAGCUGUCCCUAUUGCUCCAAAAGAGAUUUCAAUAGCUUGGCUGUAUUGGAAAUCCACCUCAAGACCAUCCAUGCAGACAAGCCUCAACAGAGCCAUACCUGUCAACUAUGUCUGGAAACCCUUCCUACUCUGUACAACCUGAAUGAACAUGUGCGUAAAGCCCACAGGUCCAGUGGGGGAUCUGCCUCAACUUUUCCCCUUCUGCAGUUCAGUAACGUGUCUGCCUUCCAUUGCAAUUACUGCCCUGAUAUGUUUGCAGAGAUUAACAGCUUACAAGAGCACAUCCGUGUCUCUCACUGUCUACCCGGUGGUGUGGUUGCAGGCUCCACAACCCUGGAGGGAAACCACGCCUUUUUCUGCAACCAGUGCUCCAUGGGUUUUCUGACAGAGUCUUCCCUGACAGAGCACAUCCAGCAGACACACUGCACUACCGGGAGCAGUGGUGGUGUUGCCAAAAUGGAGUCGCCGGUUCUGCAGCCCUCACAGUCCUUCAUGGAAGUGUACUCUUGCCCCUAUUGUACCAACUCACCCAUCUUCGGCUCGCUUCUGAAGCUCACCAAGCACAUCAAGGAGAAUCACAAGAACAUCCCACUGGCCAACAACAAACGCAAGGUCAAAGUGGCAGAUUUGAGCCCAGCAUCCUCUGAUGUGGAGAUAUCUUCCCCAAAACGUCGAAGGGUGGCUGGCGAUGCCACACCUGCAGGUGCUAAUGGGGACUUCCCCUGCAACCAAUGUGAUCUUCGCUUCUCCAGUUUCGAUGGUUUCCAGGCACACCUCAAAACCCACCUGGAGCUGCUGUUGAGGAGACAGUCCUGCCCACAGUGCAACAAAGAAGACUUUGAUUCUCAGGAAUCAUUGCUUCGACACCUGACUGUCCAUUACACCACCACCUCUACUCAAUACGUAUGCGAGAGCUGUGACAAGCAGUUCUCUUCUGUCGAUGAUUUGCAGAAGCACCUGCUGGACAUGCACACCUUUGUGCUUUACCACUGCACGCUGUGCCAGGAGGUCUUCGACUCCAAGGUUUCCAUCCAGGUCCACCUGGCCGUCAAGCACAGCAAUGAGAAGAAGAUGUACCGCUGCACUGCGUGUGCCUGGGACUUUCGCAAAGAGAGCGACCUGCAGCUGCACGUCAAACAUAGCCACCUUGGUCACCCUGCUGGCCCUGGCACUCCUGGGAAAGCUCGCAAGUGCAUUUUCUGUGGGGAGACGUUCGGCACAGAGGUGGAGCUCCAGUGCCACAUCACAACUCAUAGCAAAAAGUACAAUUGUCGCCUUUGUGGGAAGGCCUUCCAUGCUAUUGUCCUGCUGGAAAGACACCUGAGGGAGAAGCACUGCAUUUUUGAUGGCGGGAAUGGCAAUGGAAAUGGCAGCAGUCAGAAUGGAACACCUAAUGGAGUGACACAGAGCACCAAACGUGCAGGUGGUGGUGCCCCCACUGCAGCUGCAGAGCAAGCUGACCUACAGAACAUGCUGCUGAAAGGAGGCAGCCAGGACACAGCCAACAGCCAUGAGGCCAGUGGAGGAGAGGAGGAGUUGGAUGCCUCAGAACCGAUGUACGCUUGUGACAUCUGUGGCGCUGCCUACACAAUGGAAGCCCUUCUCCAGAACCAUCGACUACGUGACCACAACAUUCGUCCAGGAGAAGACGAUGCGGGUACUCGCAAGAAGAAGGCAGAUUUCAUUAAGGGGAACCACAAGUGCAACAUCUGCUCUCGGACCUUCUUUUCGGAGAACGGCUUGAGAGAGCAUGCUCAGACUCACCGUGGUCCAGCCAAGCAUUACAUGUGCCCAAUCUGUGGUGAACGCUUCCCCUCGCUACUCACACUCACUGAGCACAAAGUGACUCACAGCAAGAGCCUGGACACAGGCACCUGCCGGAUCUGCAAGAUGCCACUGCAGAGUGAGGAGGAAUUCAUUGAGCACUGCCAGAUGCACCCUGACCUGAGGAACUCCCUCACUGGCUUCCGCUGCGUGGUCUGCAUGCAAACAGUCACCUCAACCUUGGAGUUGAAGAUCCAUGGCACCUUUCACAUGCAGAAGCUCUCCUCAUCUGGGGGCAGUGUUGGGGGUGGUGGAUCAGCCUCAUCAUCUCCAAAUGGCCAGUUGCAAAUCCACAAGCUCUACAAGUGUGCUCUCUGUCUGAAGGAGUUCAAGAACAAACAGGAACUGGUCAAACUGGAUGUCAAUGGGCUACCCUAUGGUCUUUGUGCCACCUGCAUGAGCCGUGGGACGAAUGGGCAGUCGCCUAGCAGUGUUGUGGCUCCUCAGGAACCUGGAGAGAAAGGUGCCACUGGCCUGCGCUGCCCCGAAUGUGCUGUGAAGUUUGAGACCCUGGAAGACCUGGAGACCCACGUUCAGAUGGACCAUCCUGAGAUGAGCCCCGAAACUAGUGGAGCCAAGAAAGUGACUGAUGCCUCACCUGUUCCUAAAAAAAAGACGUAUCAGUGCAUCAAAUGCCAAAUGACCUUUGAGACGGAACGCGAGAUCCAGAUCCAUGUUGCCAAUCACAUGAUCGAGGAAGGUAUCAAUCACGAGUGCAAACUGUGCAACCAGACGUUCGACUCUCCGGCCAAGCUGCUGUGCCACCUGAUCGAGCACAGUUUUGAGGGCAUGGGUGGCACUUUCAAAUGCCCUGUCUGCUUCACAGUCUUUGUCCAAGCCAAUAAGCUUCAGCAGCACAUCUUUGCUGUCCAUGGUCAAGAAGACAAGAUCUAUGACUGCUCACAGUGUCCACAGAAGUUCUUCUUCCAGACUGAACUUCAGAACCACACACUGAGCCAGCACGCGCAGUGAGACCGGGCCCCGCAGGACUCCCGCCUCAGCCCCAGAACCCCGACCCAGACCCUGUGGGGGAGGACCAUUUCAACAUCACAGCCAAUCAAAGUGUCAUUUGCAACUCACAUGUAAAACCUUAACGAUUCCACCACCAGGCACAGCCAUUACGAGCGGUGGGGAAUGAAUAUUAAUGGGAUAUGCUAUUAAAAGAGAAAAAGAGAGAGAGAAAAGGAGAUGAAGGAAAAAGAAAAAGGUAUUCUACGUGCAGUAUUUUUUAUCGUCCCUGCUUCUCGUCCCCGGUUGUGCGUUUUUUUUUUUUCUCCUGGAACACAAAAGAAAAGGUUGAAGAAGGAAAAAAAAAGAACGAAACGCCCUUCUAUAAUUUUUAGUCCCUAGAAAUGCUUCACUUACCUCGUUCUCUGUUGCUUCUUGUAUCAAAUUUUC